AUGCGGUGUGUAACACACCUACACUGUGUGCGGAGUGUGUCGGCCUUGUCGUCCUCGUUGUGGGGACGGUGCUGGAACUCCACAGUGAAUUCUGCCCCAGGGCAGUGCGGAGAGCAUGCAUUAGGGUCUGAUGCUACAGUGCUGCCCGGUGUCGACCUUGCUCGUCGCGCCGUCAGCCCGAGCCAGGAGUUCCCGGCCACGUGGAGCGAGGACGAGCCGCUCUCUCCUUCCGACCCACGUGUGUACUGGCGAGAGCACUACUCACUAGACGCUGGAAAGCCGUACUACCAAAACAUCAAAACAAUGGAGGUGACGUGGGACAUUCCUGAGGGCUUUGUUACGCGCUUUCCUCGCCUCUAUGCAUCUAACGGCUACCGCGUGGACGAAAGGGGUGCGGUUUUCCGACCGUCCACGGCUCCCGAAGCCUCCGCGGCCGGCACCCCUGGCACUACAGUUGCAAAGGAAGCGGGAGUGAAGUCAGUGUCACUGAAGCAGCGACUGGCAACCUACGGUGCAGGCGGGCUCUUGUGGUACCUCAUCAUCCACAACAUCUCCCUAACAUGCGUCUUCGCCUGCCUCUACGUCUUUCGCAUUGACCUGAUUGGCCUUGCCCGCUCCUAUGGCUUCGAUGUGAAGCGCUCGGAUGAGGUCGCGGUGAACGAGAAGAAGCGUCCGCCGUUCUGGAAGACGCUUGUUCUCUCCAUUAUAUUCAACAAGAUGCUAGUACCGCUACACCUUCUCUUCACAGUUACCUCGGCUCCCCUCUUAGUCCACCGUCUUGAGCCAAUCGCGACGUCAUUGUUUCCCAAAAUCGCGGGUUUUGUCAGAAACUUCGGCGGAGGUGCCGCAGCAGGGACGGCGGCCAAGGUUUAG